UUCUUACGUGCUGGCUAGCUGGUGAAACACUGGCAGUGUUAACAGAUAUACUGUGGCUUAGGGCCAACCUGUUGGGUGCAGAAAUGAAGUGCCCGCAUCCCAAACUGUGAUUCGGAAGACCUCUGGCUCAGCUGUCCCCGAGCCCCGGAGGUGCCUAAACCACCACUGCCAUAGCACUCGGUGUAAAAGCUCUACCUCUGCACAUGUAGGGAAGCGCCUCCGUGUCGACGCAGCCGAGCAGCUCAGUGCCUUGCUUGCAGGAAUCGGGAUCCGGAGACAAAGAGCCCCUCUGCCUCCGUCCCCUGAGGGCUGCAGUCCAUUAGGCGCGCUCAGAACCCACGCCAGAAUCGGUUUCCCCGUGGAAUACGGACACGGCCACUGUUGUCUUUUAAAAUGUGCACGGCCGUGGUAGUGGUGCCUGCCCUUUUCUCUACCAGCCUAAGGGUUAUAGCAACCCCCCCCCCCCAGGGAGCAUAGGCCUAGAUUUAAUUUUUCCCCAGCCCGAAGGUGUUCACACCAGUCUUUCCCACCUCCCAGAAAAAAAAAAAAAAGCCCUCUCUACUAGACUGGUGACUUUCAACCAGAGUGCUGUAACACCCUAGGGUGCCACGAGAUGCUUUUAAUACUAGCAUGAUUAGGUGUGUAAACACCUGCACGUGAUGCACCAGGUAGACCCAGGGAUUUCAACAAGGGAUCCACUGACACAGCGCAGUCUCUCAGCGCUUUGCAAGAGAAGAUUUGCUCUAGUAUUUUUCUAGAAAGCUAAAAGCUGGCAUUUUCAGUGGGGAUGGUUCAGUUGAGAAGGACUGCGCUCAAGUCUGUAGGCAGUUUUGGAUGGAGGCACUCUUUAACCUCCCCGUGGAAGCUGCCGUUGUGCCAAACAAAAUUCAACAGUCAUUAGGGGAGAAGGAGCGCUGUGCCUUACUACUUGGGGCCUGCCCUUAGGAGGGAGGAGACCUGCCCGGAGGAUGGUCUCUGUUUGUACAUGAAAGCAGCAGCAGUGAAAAAAAGUCCUUUUUUGGCUGUCUGCAGCUGGGGACAAGAGCUGCCAGCAGACUACCCCACGUUUGCAUGCAAAUGCUUCCUUUGUAAUACAUUUUCCCCUUUGGGGACCCCAUAAAUUGGAAACUUUUUCAUCGGAUUUAGGAGCAUGGUGAUUUUUUUUUUAACUCCCUCCUUGCGUGUCAUAGAAUCAGGAAAAAAAGCCCCCAUCUUUAAUCUGCUUAUUCUUUUAAGCAGAAUUGUCUGAUCAAAUGUCUUCCCCCCACCCCUUACCUGAGGAAGAGGAGAGGUGCUGGUGAAGAACAGGUGAUGUAUACCCCCUCAAUGUGCUGGGAUCCUUAUUUCCCUAAGGGCAAGGAGGCUGGCUGCUCUCCCUUUUUAUUGGGCUUGGCUAGGAGCAGAUUUCGAAGGUCAGCCUCACCUGUGUUUACUGAGGUCUCAGAGCUUUGGAGUAAUGCAGGGAAGAAUUUGGACAUCCAGAAGUACUACUUACGUUGAACAGUCAAAGGCUUCAUCGUGCUGUUUUGAUUUAGCAUUGCCCACAAGAAAAGAUUCUCUGCACCCUUUUCUGUGAUCAUGUUCAGCACUGGUUUUCACUCAUCUGGUUUCGCUCCUGAAGUUUUCACAGGCAAGCGAGUCUUAUUCUGAAAAGUGAUUCUUAAAAAGGAACUGUGGGCUUCUCUAUUUCAUGCCUCAAUGAUUCAUAGAUGCAUUUGCAUGGUUAUAAAUGGGACCAUGUCUGCUGUGUGGCUCCAAGUCGGACAAUGCGGCAAUCAAAUCGGCCAGGAGUGGUGGCAGCUCCUAACACAGAAAAGUGCGCUGCAGGGAGAGGCGGACAGACACCCGUUUUGUUCCCUGGAUGGAAAGCUCAGCGCUAUCUGUGUGGACAGUGAGCCCAAAGUGGUGAGGAAACUGCAGAAACACGUCAAGGGAGGUUUUUUCAGGGAGUCCAACCUGAUCGUGGGAAAGCAGGGAAGAGGGAAGAACUGGGCAUAUGGGUACCAUGAUGGGCGCUCGGACAACGAGAGGGGCCUGCUCCAGAGGACGAUGGAGAGUCUGCGGAAGGAGGCCGAGCGCAGGGACUGCUACUGCGGGACUGUGCUUUUCCACAGCCUUGGUGGUGGCACGGGAGCUGGCCUCAGUUCCCGGCUGUGCGAGGCCAUCAGAGAUGAGUACUCCCUGGGGCAGAUCCUGGCAGUGACCGUAGCCCCUCACCAGGCUGGCGAGAGCCCUCUCCAGCACUACAACGCCUUGCUGUGCCUCGCGUGGCUCCAGAGGCACGCGGACGGCAUCCUCCUGCUCCAGAACGACGAGGUGCUGGCGAGGGCGGGAGCCCCCCACGCAGCUGCCGUCCAACCCCGGGUCUCUCUCUCCUCCAUGAAUGCCUACAUCGCCUCCUGCCUCGCCGGGCUCCUCUACCCAGUCGAGGCUUUCACGGGCAGGGUCAGCAUCGGGAUGGAGCCGUGGGAGCUGUUGAGGGCCGUCUGCCCCAUGCCGGCCAUGAAAUUCCUCUACGUCUCUCAAGCCAGCCAGAGGGGCACAGCGUUUUGGGACAGCCUGGCUUCUUCGGCUGUGCGUUACUUACCUCGCGAGUCUCACACCGGGCAACCACAUCACAGCACAGCCGUGCUCGCCGUAGCCCGCAGCCCUGACGAGGACUCCUUCCUGCGGGCCCACACCUCGGUGCUGAAGAGGCUGCGCCAGGCCUGCCGGUGCGUCCCCUGGAACCCCUUCCCUGUCAGCUGCUGGACGGACUCUCGCAGUGUCGCGGAGCCGGGAUCUCACAGCCACUCCCUGACCGUCUGCGCCAACCACAGCAGCUCGGCCGAUUUCCUGCAGCAGGUAGUGGAGAGAGCCCGGGUCAUGUAUCGGGCCGGCGCCUACCUCCACUGGUACUGGCGCCACGGCUGCGAGGAGGAGGAUUUCCGGCAGGCCUUUGACACGCUUCAUUCUGUGAUGGAUGACUACGGACACCUGGGGGAGUAACGCAGGGGCGCCUUCCCCAAGGAAGGGCUGGGUAGGGCGAUCUCUCGUUAAAGGGCUGUGGUUCAGGGUGACCCGGCCGGGAACCAGUACUGUGGCAAGUGGCACUGACGCCAGAAUGAGCUUCUUGGCUAGUGUGGCAAACAGCCCAGGACCCCUGUGGACCUGGCAGGGGAACAGAUGCCCCAUGCCAGUGACCCAGGCCCGGGGCAAAUGCUGAGCAGAGGGGUGGCAAGGGCUAGCACGAUGGAGUCCACAGAUCUGGGGAAAUCAUUUUCUGUAGCGUGUUCUACCCCGUGGACCCAAAGGAGCAGACAAGGGACAUCUUCAGCUAUCCUGGGCUGACCACAAGCCAGAGCUACGACCUCCCAGGACGCAAGCCAAGGCCCAAAGGCUCCCGCUUGUGUCAGGCUGGGGUGCACGGCUCUGGGAGCACUUCCCUGUUUGCCUGAUAGGCAGGAGGGGGCAUCCCUGGGACUCCUCAUGGCAAGACAGUGGGGCAGACUCUGGCCCCUAAUUCAGCAUCCGGGGAGGGACCUGAGCAUAAGUAAGGCUCUGACGGCUUGUCUGGCCGCAUAUCUCACUCCCGAUCAGUCCUGUCCUGAGACCCAGGAUGGCUUGGAUGGGGGACGGGGCUUCCUGCAUCCAGCAGAAGCCUGGGGCAAAGCCUGGCCUGCCCUGGGGCACGGUGAGGGGUGUUGCUGGGAGGGCUCCUCCUGCAAGGCCCCCGGCGGACAGCAGCUUCCCCUGCGAGCUCUCAGAGCUGCCCCAGGGAGUACCAGGCACGCUGGCUGCGGCACAUGCCAGGGCAGAAGCUGGCUCGCUUCCUUUUGCUGGCCGCAGUCCCCUGUGGGCGCCAUGCGAUUGCGUCUCUCCUCUCUGCUCUCCAGAUGGGCUCCCAUGAACACAAAGUGCCUGGCGGGACAGCUGGCAGAGGAGCUCUGCCAAGUGCAUUGAGCCUCCUCCAGGCAGGGUGCCCAGGGGAAGGGGCUGAGGGUCCUUCCUUGUGGGUCCCUGGGGCUCCCGCAGUUCUGGGGUGCUCCAGGGGCUGGCGCAGGCGCUGGGGGAGCUCAGACACUUGCAGCAGUGCCCGGGCUGUGCCCUCAGGGUGCUGCAGGCAGUCUCUGUUGCCUCUCUCCUCUGCCCCCAACAUGCCCCCUGAGCUGCAGCUUCCAAGGGGUUGGAGGCAGGCUUGCCCAGGGGAUCUGUUCCCUGGCAGGGUCCCUGUGCUGCGCCGGCCCCUUUACCUACGUGAAGGGGUCAGAUCUAUUAGACUUGCCCGUAGAAAGCUCCUACAUCUCGGGCUCCUCCAGAGAAGCCCAGCCAGCCUGGGGAGCUCGCAGCCGACAGCCUUGCUCUUUCCAAGGCUAAAACAAGCAUGAAAAGAGCAAUCCUUCCCAGUCUUCAUCCCCCACAGAGAAGCAGAGGGGGAAGCUCAAUCUUUCCUCCACAGCUCCUGCCAGGUGCUGCCUUUUCCAGGAGCACGCGGGGAAACAGGU